AGCUAUUUUGGCUGAUUUUUCGCACUCUUUGAAGCGUUUUGUUUAGCAUUGUCUUGUUCUUUUUAGCAAUACAUUUUUCCGUAUCUAGUGCUACUUUUGUAUUUUAGCUUUGAUCGCACCCCCAACGUGCCUCGAGUUUUGGUAGCCGGCGAUUCGAUGGUGAAGUACUUGCCCCAGUACUUGCCAUUAAAUAGUCGGUUGGCUGUUGAGGUUGCGCCGUUUAGUGGUAUUAGAAUCGAGCAUUUGUUUUCCCAGGUGUCUGAGAGGCUACCCGAUUUUGAUGUUGUCAUCCUGCACGUUGGCACUAAAAAUUCCCAUAUUAGUGCCAGCGUGUACAUCGACAAAUAUCGUCGUCUAGCUGCCCAGAUCUGUGAACGCAAUCCAAUGAUGCAGAUCGCCUUUUCUGCCGUUCUUCCGAGACGGGAGAAUAGGUUCUGCUCAUUGGAAUGGCAGCGUAGUCACGCUGCAGAGAUCGAGGCUUUGAAUGACCGUUACCGAGAGGUGAACUCGCUGCUGCGAGAGUUGUGUCGCAGGGAAGGGUUCACGUUCCUUGACGGGCUGGCUGACGAGUGGCACCAGUGGAUCGGCCGCGACGGCGUCCACCCAAGCCGGAUCGGCAACAAGGUCCUCGCUGGGUUCAUGGGCCAGCGAGUACGGAGCAUCCUGGAGAAGAUGGCCAGGGCCAAGAUCCAGCAGGACCACAAGGAGGCAAUGCCAGGGACCCGCUCGUGGGCGGCUGGACCAUCAAGGGUGCCCUAUUGA